UUCAAAAGCACUCAUCUCCAAAAGCAAAAGUCAGCCUCUCCAGAUGUACGAAGCAUGUGAACAGCAGCAUGUCCCAUGCUGCUUCCCAGCCUAUUCUUCCUUCCCUAUCCCUCCAGAGGGAAGCAAGUGCUUUCUGCCUCUAGAUGUCACUCUCCUCCAUCUUUUCUUUCUCUCCUUCUAUUUUUCUUUCUCCAAGAUCCUGCAAUUUUUUUUUUUUUAAAUUCCUUUCUGAUCUCUUUCCGGCCAUGUGUGAUUGCAGUUUCCUCUGGGCGUCCAUUUCAGCAGCCUGAAAUUAAUCAGCAGCGAGAGGGAGAGAGAGAAAAGGGGGGAGAACCUCCCCUUGUCAUCUUGAACCCCAAGCAGAAGCAGAGCAGCAGCCCCCAGGAAUUCACACCAAUACUCCCUUGCCAGCAUCUGCAGGCGGGCUCCCUGACUGUGAUCUGCUGGAGCAGGGGGAACCCCGCAUCCUCCAGAUUCCCUGCCAGAAAUCUGCUGGACCAACUCCUCUUUAUUCCUCCCCAGGAUCUGCAGGAAAAGCCAUCGGGAGAUCGCUUAUCCCUCCUCCACUCCACCCUCCCCAUCCCCAGUUUGGAGGAGGUUGCUCUUUGCUUGCUGAGGGGGAAUUCUCUGAAUCUGGCUGGAUAGUUUUUUUACUUUGCACCCUCUGGGCUUCUUUCCUCCAUCUCUUCCCCUACUGACAGUAAAACCCAGCCUCGCAGAGCUCUACAGGGGGCUGUCCCUCCAUGCCACCCUGCAGCACCAACAGCUCCAGCUUCCACGCAUGGAUUGUAUGGAUUUUGUGUGUGUAAAGGGGCUGCUGUAAUUUCAGGCUCCUGGACCUGCCCUGGUUGGAUUAUUUUUUAUAGCUCUGAUUUGAAAAGCAGCCACCAAGCUUUCCUGCCUGCCUGAUCUUUCACUGCUGCAGCUGCAGCUGCAGCUGUAUUAUAGCAGGGAAGCCUCAUUCCUGGGUUGCAGAGAGAGAAGGUUGCAGGAUCCUUCAAUCCCACCCCCUUCCUCUUUCCACAGCUCCGAGGAGAGUCCUGGCUCUUUGCAGCAUAUGUGGUGCAUCAGAGUGGAAGCCAGCACCAGUAGCCACUGCAGCAAAGGGAGCACUUGUCUCGGGUGAUUUGAGGGAAAGGAAUUGAAAAUAAGAGGAUAGAUUUUGUUUCUGAGGGGCUUGGCUUCAUUUCCCAAAGGCUCGUUCCUUUCAUGAAUGACACAGAUCCUGCUCUGUGAUUCCUUCAGGCGAUGGCCAUGCAGUAAAGAUGUCAGUGUCCAGGCUGAACAGUGUCAAUGGGUUUUUGGAGGACUCCAGGAUGGAGGUUGGGGACAUGGGGAGGAUCCUCAGGAGUUUGGAAAUUGGGACCGUGCUGACCUUGUUCUACCAAAAAAAGUCCCAGAGGCCAGAGAGGAGGACGUUUCAGGUGAAGCUGGAGACCAGGCAGAUCAUUUGGAGCCGGACGCCUGAGAAAGUGGAAGGAGACAUUGACAUUCGGGAGAUAAAAGAGAUUCGCCCAGGGAAGAAUUCCCGGGAUUUUGAACGAUAUCCAGAAGAUGCUCGAAAACUGGACUCCACCAUGUGUUUCAUCAUCCUGUAUGGACAGGAUUUCAGGCUCCGGACACUCAGUGUUGCUGCCUUCUGUGAGGAAGACGUCAACAUGUGGAUGACGGGCCUGAACUGGCUGGUGAUGGACACUCAGAAAGCCCAGACGCCGCUGCAGGUUGAAAGGUGGCUGCGGAAGCAGUUUGACUUGAUGGACAGGACGAGAGAAGGCAGUAUCACGGUGAAGGAUCUGAAGGCCAUGCUGCCCCAGGUGAACUACCGGGUGCCCAAUAUGAGGUUCCUGCGGGACAAGCUAGUGGAAGUGGAAGCCAGGAGCGACAUGGCCUUCACCCACUUCACUCAGUUCUACAAAAACCUAAUGUUCGAUGCUCAGAAAUCGGUCAUCGAGCAGCUGGAGCUCUCCUUCCCCUUGCGGAACGUUGACCGGGCAGAGCUGUGCCAGAUUACACUGUAUGACUUCCAGAAAUUCCUGCAGCACGACCAGAAGGAGCCCUGGGCCAGUGACAUCGGCAAGGUGCGGGAGUACAUGUGUGGCUACCUCAGGGACCCCUUCAGUGACAUGGCAGAACCCUUCUUCCAGCUGGAUGAGUUUCUGACGUACCUGUUCUCCAGGGAAAACAUGGUCAUGGACGCCAAGUACGAGCGGGUGGUCCCAGAGGAGAUGAACUACCCGCUGUCCCACUACUGGAUCUCCUCCUCCCACAAUACGUAUCUGACUGGGGACCAGUUCUCCAGUGAGUCCUCGCUGGAAGCUUACGCUCGCUGCCUCCGGAUGGGCUGCCGCUGCAUAGAGCUGGACUGUUGGGAUGGUCCAGACGACCUGCCAAUCAUCUACCACGGACACACACUCACCUCCAAAAUCAAAUUCCUGGAUGUCCUGCACACCAUCAAGGAACACGCCUUCGUGACCUCUGAGUUCCCCAUCAUCCUCUCCAUCGAGGACCACUGCAGCAUCGUCCAGCAGAGGAACAUGGCCUCUCACUUCAAGAAGGUCUUUGGGGACAUGCUGCUCACCAAGCCAGUGGACAUCAACGCCGAUGAGUUGCCUUCCCCCACCCAGCUCAAGAAGAAAAUCCUCAUCAAGCACAAGAAGCUGGUGGAAGGGAACCUUUACGAAGAAGUCUCCACGGCCAGUUACUCGGAGAAUGACAUCAGCAACUCCAUCAAGAACGGCAUCCUGUACCUUGAGGACCCCAUUGACCAUACCUGGAGCCCACAUUACUUUGUGCUGACAAGCAACAAGAUCUAUUACUCCGAGGAGACGUCCCGCUACCAGUCCAACGAGGAUGAGGAAGAGGUGGAACAAAAAGAGGAGUUUAACAACAACGAGCUGCACUUCAGCGAGAAGUGGUUUCACGGGAAGCUGGGCGGGGGGCGUGACGGGCGCCAGAUCGCUGAGAAGCUGCUGCACGAGUACUGCACUGAGACGGGUGGGAAGGACGGCACCUUCCUGGUGCGGGAGAGCGAGACCUUUGUGGGAGAUUACACCCUCUCCUUCUGGCGGUCCAGCCGAGUCCAGCACUGCCGUAUCCACUCCCGGCAGGAAGCCGGCACCACCAAGUUCUACUUGACGGACAACCUGGUGUUCGACAGCCUCUACAGCCUGAUCUGCCACUACCGCGAGGUGCCACUGCGGUGCAACGAGUUUGAGAUGAGGCUCACAGACCCUGUGCCGCAGCCCAAUGCCCACGAGAGCAAAGAGUGGUACCAUGCCAACCUGUCCCGCCUGCAGGCCGAGCACAUGCUGAUGAGGGUGCCCCGGGAUGGAGCCUUCCUGCUGCGCAAACGCAAUGAGCCCAACUCCUAUGCUAUCUCCUUCAGAGCGGAGGGCAAGAUCAAGCAUUGCCGCAUCCAGCAGGAGGGCCGGCUCUUCAUGCUGGGCAGCUCCGCUGAGUUCGAGAGCCUGGUGGAUCUGGUGAGCUACUACGAGAAGCACCCGCUCUACCGCAAGAUGAAACUCCGCUACCCCAUCAACGAGGAGACACUGGAGAAGAUGGGCACUGCUGAGCUGGACUAUGGAGCCCUGUAUGAAGUGCGAACCCCUCACUUCUACGUGGAGGCCAACAAGAUGCCAAUGGCCAGGUGUACGGUGAAGGCCCUCUACGAUUACAAAGCCCAGCGGGAAGACGAGCUCUCGUUCUGCAAACAGGCCAUCAUCCACAACGUGGACAAGCAGGAUGGAGGCUGGUGGCGGGGAGACUACGGGGGCAAGAAGCAGCUGUGGUUCCCAGCCAACUACGUGGAGGAGAUCAUGAACAUGCUGGGACAGGAGCAGGACGAGGCUUCAGCAGAAAACAGCCCCCUGGGGAACUUCCUGAAAGGGUUCAUUGACGUACCGUCCUGCCAUGUAGUUAUCUCCAAAGACGGGAGGAGCUCCAAACCAUUUGUCUUCACCAUCCAUUCCCAGCAGAUGUCCCACCCGUCCCAAUCACUGGACGUGGCUGCAGACACACAAGAGGAACUCAGCGACUGGGUGGCCAAGAUCCGGGAGGCCACACAGAACGCAGAUGCCAGGAUGCAAGAGGGGAAGAUCAUGGAGCGGAGGAAGAAGAUCGCCCUGGAGCUCUCCGAGCUGGUCGUUUACUGCCGCCCGGUGCCAUUUGACGAAGAGAAGAUCGGCACAGACAAGGCUUGCUAUCGGGACAUGUCCUCCUUCCCCGAGACCAAGGCCGAGAAGUACGCCAACCGCAGCAAGGGCAAGAAGUUCCUGCAGUACAACCGGCGCCAGCUCAGCCGCGUCUACCCCAAGGGCCAGCGCCUGGACUCCUCCAACUAUGACCCGCUGCCCAUGUGGAUCUGCGGCAGCCAGCUGGUGGCCCUUAACUUCCAGACCCCCGAUAAACCAAUGCAGUUGAACCAGGCCCUGUUCAUGCUGGGAGGCCGCAGCGGUUAUGUCCUGCAGCCAGACAUCAUGAGGGACGACAUGUUUGACCCCUUUGACAAGAGCAGCCUGAAGAUUGUGGAACCCAUCACCGUGCAGCUCCAGAUCCUAGGUGCCCGGCAUCUCCCCAAGAAUGGCAGGAGCAUCGUGUGCCCCUUCGUGGAGGUGGAGGUCUGCGGCUCGGAGUUUGACAGCAGCAAGAACAAAACGGAGGUCGUAGCUGAUAACGGCCUGAACCCGGUGUGGCUUUUCAAGCAGUUCGUCUUCGACAUCAACAACCCUGAGUUUGCCUUCCUGCGCUUCGUGGUGUACGAGGAGGACAUGUUCAGCGACCCCAACUUCCUGGCCCAGGCCACCUUCCCUGUCAAGGGCCUCAAAACAGGCUACCGGUCAGUGCCCCUGAAGAACAGCUACGCUGAGGAUCUGGAGCUCUCCUCCCUGCUCAUCCACAUCGAAAUCAUCAACGCCAAGGAAGAAGACGAGGAGAACCUGUACUCCUCCAUCCAGCAGCUGCGUGACCGAGCCAGCGAACUCUCCAACCGGGUCUCGAGCUUCGAACACAGCAACAACUGUGACUUGCGCCACCAGCAGUGGCUGGACGAGCUGCGGGCAGCCAAGGAGCGGCUGAUGGAGCUGACCGAAGUUCGCAACAGGAAGCUGAUGGAGAAAAAGAAGAGAGAUCGACAGUUGGCCAACAAGCACAACUGAGCCAGCCGCGGGGCUCUCCCAGCUGGGGCCCUCUGCUGGGGAGCCUGGAAAUUCUUGCCCGCAGGAAAUCUGGCUGCUGCUACCAGCCAUCCCCUCAACAGUCCACCUUUCCAGCUGGCUCGCUGCUCUCACCCUGCAUCCAUCAGCUGCCCUGGGGGGGAGAGACAUUGGCUGCUAGAACUGCAGCACUUGCAGGACCUGGAGAGAACUGGAGGUGGUUCUGAAGAUGGGAGGGCAGAGCUGUGUUAGCACCUUUCCUGUUGUAACAACCAAGCCUCUCAAUGAGAUGGAAAAGGGGUCACGUGUCAGGGCGCGCAAUGUUCUCGAGAAGAUUCGAGCAGCCACCCAGGGCAGGGGUUCCCAUCAGCCGCCUUAUCCCAAGUCAGUCUGAUCUGCUUCAACACCUGUUUAAAAAAAAUUUUUCACCACCAUGAGACUUCCAAAAGUGGGGACAGGAGGGAAGAGGGACAUCUCAGGAGCUGUAGGUUCAAAUCCUUUCGUAACUCACCAGUCUGUCUGUGUUCACGGUGGCAUCCCUAGAUGACAUUUCUCUGCAGUACAAAACCACCGCACGCACAGGGGCCCUGGGAGUGCCAAGGGUAGCAGGAGUGACUGGCCUGGGGGCUGCAGGUUAUAAUGGACGGGCACCGGCAGAGCAGUGUGUGGAGCAGGAGGGUGUGUGCUCUGCCUGGCUGUUGCCCCUCACAAGGGUUAGAGGAAACUCUGCCCCCUGUUUAUUUAUUUAUUGAGAGGCUGGCACUUGAUCCCUUGCUCCUCAGCCCUUUAGAGUUGGGGUGACACUUGCUGGUGUGUUGCAGCUCUCCCUGAGCCUGCAGGGCCUGGGGAGCUGCUGUGACCCCCAGGCUCCUGCUCUGCAACGAGAUAAACGGUCUGAAUUGCCCUGCAGACAUUCCCAAGGGGCAGCCAAAGGCUACUACCAGUCAACCUGACAUGCUGGGGGGCAGAGGCCUCAGUGCAUCCCUGGGAGCCUCAGGCUGAAUGGCCGAGGGCGGGAGCCACACAGCUGUGGGGGGCUUCCUAGCCCUGCUCCAGUAAGACAGGUACAUCCCCAUUCCCCCUUGCUGGAGUUCCCUCCUCCUGGAGCAGAUCAGAGCCUGGGGAGCUGCCCGGCCCCAGGCUGGUGAGUGGAGCUUCUGGCUCUGCCUUGCCUUGUGUGGCUGAGGUCGGGGGGUUCUUGUCAUUGCCACUGAAAGGGCUUUUCACCUCUGCGUUACCCGCUGCCCAUCACCUCGUUAGCUUGUUGAGCAGAAGGAUGCAGGGAACCGGGAUGAGGAAUCAUUGGACUGAGAACCAGCUACACUCUGCGCGUAGCUAGAGCUUUCCAUCGUCCCAGUGCUGGACAGCUCCACAACCCCUGGCAGGGAGGUGAGUCAGGACUGUUCACCCCACCGGACCAACCAAGAAACCGAGGCACAGAGAAGGGAAGGGGGUAUGCAACAAGCCAGUGGCUUUGGACCCAGGCGUCCAACCAAUCGUGCUGCCUCCCUCACAUUUGAGUUGGCCUAAGAAAGGACUAUCAGUGGGCGCGAUCACACAAUGACUAGGAUUAGGCACCGCAGACAGUAGCCCGGCUCACUCAGACCCACUUCUGAGCCCUUACCCAGGGCAGGAACACAGGCUGCCCCGCCCUUCGGGUGUCAUAUACUAACAGCUGGGAUCUCCAGCAGUUGCCAGUAUGGAUGAGACACUCAUUGAGCCAGUGCUGAGGUUUCCAGGCCAUUUAGCUGCACAGGGAAGAUGUAGACCCAGGAACUGUGCUGGGAUCUCGAGAAAUAGAUGCAAUUUCUUUUUUCUAUGUGUGUCUAAACUGCGGGGAGGGUUCUGUGACCAGCCAUGUGGAAAUGAGGCACUGUCCCCUGAGAGACCUCCCAGAACGAGGGAAGGGGGUCAGGCUUGGGCAGAGCUCCGCCUGCACUCUGCAGGGACGGGGGACAGUCACCUUUCAGUGCGGAUGUAAAACCAAGGCCCUGACCACCCGCAGUCAGUGAGUGCCCUGGGCUUGUUCCUUUGUUGUUAUUACAAAUCCCAUCUGUGGUGCUGUAAACAGAGGGCAGAAGAGGAGGGUUGACCUGACACCAGCCCCCUUCCUCACAGGGCUGACAGUCUAACCUCAGGUGCAGGGCCGGCUCCAGGCACCAGCCGAGCAAGCUCGUGCUGGGGGCAGCAGAUUCUAAGGGGCAGCGUCCGCCCAAUCCUAGGGUGGCACCGCCGCCCUUUUUUUCCCUUGGUUCACCACUCCGGCCGCCCUGUAGGGGGCGGUGGCGCGGAGGAGGGGAGCACCCUCCUGGGAGCAGGCUGCACGCUCCAUCUGCCCCAGCCAGUGUCAGGUCUGCAGCAAGCCCAGCAGCCCACGUCUUUCCCUCCCCGAUGACCUUCAAUUCACCUACAGGCGAGAGCGCUGUGGAGCCCUCCUGGCAGGCGGUGCGGCAGGAGGGGCCGAUGAUGAGCGCCCCGGCAGAAGGAAGCCCUGGCUGCCCUCCUUCUCUCCCUCUCCCCCGCUCCCUUCCCCCACCCCAUCCCCGCUAGCUGGGGCACGCAGUCCACUGCCCAGGGCACGUCUGCAGCACAGGGAGUCCCACUAGCCAGCGCGGCCAGGGGAGGCAGCCGUGAGCCGGCAAAUAAGUGGCACCGAAAGUUUGCACCCUGGCUCCGGCCGCCCUCCACAGUUUUUAUUUUAUUUUUUUGCUUCGCCGCUCCGACCGCCCUGCACAGUUUUGGUGCGGUUUUUUUUGCUUGGGGCAGCAAAAAAGCCAGAGUGGGCCCUGCUCAGUUGACAGACCAUAAACAGGACCCUGUCACUGGAGCUUGCAGGCCACAUUUGGGGAAGGUGGAGGCAAAGGGAGCUCUGCCUAUGAUCAUGAGGAGGUUGUUCCAGGCAUGUGGUGCAGGAUGGAAGAAAGUAGGAGACGGGGGUGGACAAGGGUAGGAGGAGGGUAGGCACGAAACUCCAGCUCAGGUAAUGACGUUCUGCCAAUCUAGCUUGCCCAGCGCAGUUACAGUCAGAGAGUUUAUCCUCGCCCUUCUUUAAACACUGUUGUGUGGUGUUAAACAGCUGCCACAUCCCACCCCAGAGCUGGCUGCAUUUCAGGGAUCAGUCUAGAGAGCACUCGGGGGUCCUUCAGGAUGAAAUGUGCUAUAUUAUUAUUUUUAUUGUUAUUUUAUUUGUAUGACAAUAGCUGAUAUCAGGGCUGCAUUGUGCUAGGUGCUGCAAAAACACAUAGUUACAGGCAGUCCCUACCCCGAAGAACUUACUAAAGAGACACGGCAGGCAAAAGGUGGGAGGGGACACUGAGGCACAAAGCGGUGAAGUGACUUGCCCAAGAUCACCCAGCAGGUCAGUGGCAGAGCUGACCAUAGACAUCAGUCUCCUGAGUCCCUCCCGCUGGCAGUGCAAUCCACCCUGCCAUACGGCUACAGAAAGGAGCUGGGAAGAAACCAAAUGCCCAGCUGAGAUUCCCCUGCCCUCCCAGCUGCUGCAGAUCCCUGCUAUUUCAUCACCCCUGCAUAAAUCCCUUCUUUUUAAAAACAGUACCUCUGAUCUGAGAGCAGGGAAGGGGCCAGUGAAACUCCUUCCAAGGAAUCCCAGACAGAACUUCCCAGCCUUCCAGAGCCCCAGUAGGAUAAAUAAAAGGAGGAGUGCAGGAAACCACUUUGGAUUCAUGCCUGUGGUGAGAGGGGUUGUCCAACCUCUCAGCUCCAAAAGUCAGCAUCUCUGGUCCAAGAAGGAUCCCGUGUCCACUCAGCUCUGGGAUUGUUGUGAAUGUAACAUAAUAAGGGGAGGAUGCCAGGAAAAUGCCUGAGGUGCCUCAGUGGGCCAGAUGCAGCGUGGGUGUAAGCACUGAAGCCAGCGGAGUUGUGCCCACCUACACCUUGGCUGAAUCUGACUCAAUGUUUGUUUUGGACCCAUGUGGAUGAGAAGGGAGGAACCGGAUGCUGGUUCCCCUCCCGUUAAAUAGGAGGUGCACAGUUGUACCUCAGCCCCUGGAAAGUGCUAGGAGAUGCUGGCACUGGGGCAGGUACAGACGUUUCCAAGAAUGGCUAAUAAAAGAAGCACAAGGGAGCCAGCAGCUGGAAGACUGGUCUUUGCAGCAGCUUCAGGCAGAUAUUGGGUCAGGAUGUUAUUGUAGGUCUCAUGCAGGAGGAUAGAGUGUCCCUAUGGGGGAUCAGGCGUCUGGCUGGUGUCACUGCAGGGAGAUCCAUGAAUUCUUUGUAUGAAAAUAAAUCUAUUUAGCCAAUAUUUAUACA